AUGGAGAUCGAGGCUACGGAGAUCGAGAGAGACUUCAAGUGCGAUAAGUUCGGUCGUACGCAGAGCAACUGGGGUCUGACAGAUGAAGAUCGCGUUAGAACUCAACGUACAACAGGCAAGAUUGGCUGCAGGAUGAAGAUUCGUCUGGAAGCUUUAGAACCCAACAAAACAGGCGGUCAAUGGAAAUAG